UCGCACGGGCCACACGUGCACAGAAUGGGCAUCGCCACUCUGGCCCCUGCGUCCACAUCCGCAGAGACUGAGAAUCCUGCGGCUCAGCCAGGCCUCCAGAACGAGUCCCAGAGCAACGGAGGGUCGGUAGCAGACCCCCGGCGCCCUUCCCCUCACCUCAGGCCACACCGGGACGUCCUGAGCGUGCCUGUCCCACACCCUCCGAGCAGCCUGACCUCGCUCUGCCCGGGGCGGCCGCGGGCAGGAGGAUGGAAUAAAGCCCGUCUGCGCCCAUCCGGAGCUCGUGUCUGCGACGCCAGGCCCCCGCCCUCGGGCCUCGCCCCACCCACGCCCACCCCCCACCCCCAGAGCGGGUGGGCUCCCGUUGCCCAGUUUCUGUGUUCCGUCCUGACAGCAGGGCCCAGCGGCCCCUGCGAGAGGAGCUGGACGCCUCCGGAGUGGCUGGGCCCAGCGGAUUCUCCUGAGAUUCUGAUGACCUUGCCUUUCAAAUAUGGGAUUUCAGGCCCCGCCCACACCUGCUGGUGCCCCAUCUGCGGCUCAGCCAGAUCCCAGGGGGAUCCGGAUUCUGAUUCGUGUGCGAGAGCCACGCCAGACGCCAGAAACCCUCUGUGCCCAAGGCAGGUGCUGCAAACUUUUGAAAGGAAGAGUCCCACUAAACAGUCAAAGUCGAUAGCGCUUCAGGUAGAAACAUGCCAACACGCAGGCCGUGGACCAUGGCACGUGUCGGAAGGGGCGCCUGCUGUCUGGCAACCUCAUCAGCUGAAGAGGAUGGUGAAUAGGGGUGUGGGGACCCACAGAGGCCACACAGCGGGAAGAUCUGGGGAACAAAAAUGCUAUUAAAAAUUCAUCUGGGGGGAUGGGCAGCGCCUGGGGGGCUCGGUCUGUUAAAGGUCCGAC